CUCGAUUCGGACACCUAAUAAAUGAAUGCCCACACAUCACAUGACACACCAUAUCAGUCAUUGAAUUAAGAAACCAAUCCUCACAGUAAGGACUUCACCAAUGGCCGAGCCAAAAAACCACAAGAACCUGCUCUCUACCCUGGGACUGAUGAGCAUAUUAUUCUCCAUCCCCAUCGUGCUCUCCGUGAUCCUCUACCGCUCCGACGACUUCGACCCGGUGCCGCUCCCCGGGGGCGACUACUUCUACUCGUUGCCCUCCGUCGCCGUGCCGGAGCACCGCGACCAAAUCCUCCGAGACAGCGAGCGUGUGGGAGAAGGGCUAUUGCCCGGGCCCGAGGAUUUGGCCUACGAUGCCGAGAACGGGCUUGUUUACACCGGCUGCUUGGAUGGUUGGAUCAGGAGAGUUUGGUUGGCAGGUAAAGAUGAGCUCAAGGUGGAGGAUUGGGUUCACAUCGGCGGCCGCCCGCUUGGCCUCGCGUUUGCGCCUGACCGCAGUCUCGUCGUUGCCGACGCUCACAAGGUAAGUUCAACAUCUUAUGGACUUAUUUAG